UGACAGUGAUACCAAGGACAAAUUGGGACUGAGCGAACCAUAACACCGAGCAGCGGCGGCGGCGGUAUAGCAAAGCCAUUCGGAGAUAGAGUCGCAGGCGCAGGCCGCAGGUCGUGGUGGAUAGCGCAAGGAGCUCGCCGUGUACGAGGCUAAGCGCAAGCGGUUCAGGUGCACCCUCUCUCGUUAGCGCUCUUCAUCCUUCUCGUCGGCAUCGCAGGUUAUUCAUCCGCUCGCAUCUCCAAGAGCACGGCCUUUACGUCCCCUCUCCGCCCACAGAGGAGAAGAUGCCCGUGCUGGAGUUCGUUGAAAUGCGUAAAUUCUAGAUGGUGUGUGAAGAUAGCAAACUGAUACUAACAUCGCGCGUUAUUCAGUCCUGCAGGUGAUUCUGUUUUGUUUGGGAAUGUUUGACGCAUCAGUCUUAGAGCACUUGUGAUGUUGACAACUAUAGCAAUCUGUCUCGCUGCCUUUUCAGUGCUUUAAAUCAACAAUCUGGUUUCUAUCUUAGUAUCUAAUGUGCAUGUUGUUUAAAUUUGGAGUUGGAGUUUGGGAUGAUUAAUUCAUUUUCUUCUAAACGGAUCAGCUUGUAGUCUAUAGACCCAACGGGCAACAGCUAGUAGUGUAGACUAGUAGCUUUUGCCACUCUUCCUUCUCUAAUCCACCCUAGUGGUGUUAUUUAGUGUUUUUUUUUGAAAAAGAGUGGUGUGAUUUAGCAUUGGCCAUGUGAUUAAGCAAUUCAUUUCAAACCCGGCACACACUUGUACACAUGAGCAGCACUUGGAUUGACAGAUUUAUGGAGUACGUAUACUAAGAUUCCCCUUUUCAGGAACACCAAGAUUUUGAUUGAGAUCUUUUUUAAGUUUCAUUUGUGAAAUAUUAUCUUGUGGGUUGAUAUGAUACCAGCAUGACAGCAUCAAGAUAUGGCCAUCAAAUUUUCAGAACCAGUGAAAUUAUUGUGAUUAUAUUACAUAUUACUGUGUCAGAUUGGCAUUUUCUUGUUCUCUUGGCCUUUUGUCGUUUAUACAGAUUUUUUUUUUGAUUAACAAAACAAGGAUUCACAAAAAGUUUCAGGUAAUGCUGCAUUCCUAAUUGGGGUAUUUGUUUCCACGAGACCACAGUAUGGAUGGUAUUUCCUGAAGGAAAGAGUGUUGCAUCUUCCAUGGUAUAUAUAUGAUACAUCCACAUGGUAACAUUUCUGCAUCUGUCACAUGUUCAGAUUUCGCUCGGUUUCAAGAUUUGGUUGAGCUGGUGCACUGCAUGGCAGUUGCACAUGUCUUUUGCAUUGUGCACUUAUGCCACAUGAAGCAACAUCUCAGAUUCUAUUUUGGACUAACAACAUCUCAGAUUUAUAGUCAUAGUUCUGCAGAGAAACUCUGUUGCCACUUAAUAUUAUUUUCGGAUGAAGAACCUCUCGGAUUUGAAGUCAGAGUUCUGCAGAAGAAACUCUGUUGCCACUUAAUAUUUCGUUUGGAUUCUGUAAAGAGGGCUGGACUGGAGGCACGACUUCAACAUUCGGUUCAGCUGGUGUCCGGAAUGGCAGUUGUGCUUGUGCAUGGCUUUUGCGUUUUGCACUUGUGCCACAUGCAGGAACCUCUCAGAUUAUUUUCGGAUGAAGAACCUCUCGGAUUUGAAGUCAAAGUUCUGCAGAAGAAACUCUGUUGCCACUUAAUAAACGUUUCUCGUGGCAUGAAUGACAUGGUAGAAAGUACUGUAAAGAAGAGGAAGCCAUGGCCUGAAAGUUCGCGGACGCGCGAGAUUCGUUGAAAGACGCAACGGCAGCGGCCACCGCGGACGGGCUCCUGGGACCGGGACGGUAGGAGCCGACGUCGGCGGCGGCGGAAGGAGAGAACGUCUUCUAUAUAUAGCCCACCCAAAACCAUAGACAGUAAACACGCCGAGUAUAUAAUAGCUUGCCGUGUUCGUUUAUUAGUCAUUUAUCUCUGUUUAAUGACCUUUUAAUCCGUUUAAAUGACCAUUUAGCCUGAAUAAAUAUUUAAACAAUAGGUGACCGUUUAGUCCGUUGAAACAUUUAUCGCCGUGUAAAUUGUAAGUGCUUGUCGGUGAACCAAACAGCGUGGCCAACCUCGACGCGCUAGUCGUUCCCUAGUCGUAAUCCUGUAGGUCCCUGUGUAACAAGGAGCGACGAUAUGGAGCUCACAUGAGAUGCCAGUGUUCCAACAGACCAGCAAUUGAACAAGUGAUAUGAAGUUGUCCAGCAAGUUGUUUGGGCCGCUGAUGAACACCUUCCAGUCCGGUUGUUCAGAUACAAGAUGGUAUGGGACGGAUGGGAGUGGACAACUGUAACGCUAUAUGUCUCAAUCUGACGACCCAAUUCAGAUGCCCAUUGAUAUCUCAGUGAAGGAACGUUGGUUCCAAUUUUCAUGUGGUCA